AUGUCCGCACAGCGACCAACCAACCGGACUGCUGUCUCAGAUUAUACUCCCUCAAGAUAUAGACCAUUAAAGAGUGGCCCAAGUGCCAUCGCUCACUCGAAAUCCGACAGCGAAGGUCGACGAAACCCAGAUGACAUCUCGCGGAGCAACGAUGACGAGCAGUCUGCAGGUGUGGAGUCUCGAGUGACACGCCUUCAAGUUUCAAUGAACAAUUUGAUGGAGGGCCUUGAGAACUGGGGUAUUGGUAGAGUGGAAGAUGCACAAAUAAGUGACCUAUACGUUCAACUCGGAAACGAUAAUAUCGCCGCUGUGAACGCGUUCAAGGCGGUUGGGAUUCCCGUAACGGACCUUGUGAAUGUGCCGGAGGAGCUUAGGCGUAUACUAGAGGGAUGCUUGAAAGGAGAACAAUCUCAGGCCAAUCUCAAUCUCUAUUUGCCCAGCGUCCGUCAAGUCAUCGUUCGACUUCACGAAGCUCUCAGAAGGAAGCAAGAUGACUAUAGAGCUCUUAUAUCCGCUGGCGACUCGUCUCGCCCGGCUCGACCGUCCUGGGGCAGACCCACUCGUGAGGACGGCACGGUUUCUCAGGACGGAAUUGGCGUCAAUCAAUCCUCGCGAAAUUUAGCAUCAGGCCAAAUCUCUUCGAGUUCGCGACGACCAACAGAUCCUCGUAAAGCUGCUGUCUCUGAUUCAGAGCGGCGGUCGAACAGCGUUUCGGCUCGAGGUGCUCCCAUUCCUAUACCUCCCAUCCCGCAAGAUGGUCCAUCCAGAUCACCUCAGACGCACUCACCGUUCCAACGACGCGGUCAAAUCACUCGAUCGACAUCUGCGACUCCGGUACUCCCUGACACGGGUCCCGAAACAGCGCGCACAAAUCCGUCGUUUAGGUCUGUGAGGGAGGCCUCCAGCUUCUCCUCUAUACGGUCUCCUCCACCUCAAAUGUCCAAAGAGAUCCUACCCACACCAAAGAUGGAACCAAAGGAUAUUAUUCCUUCGGACAUGCCAAGAUAUUCUCUUCAAGACAAACCUCCGACUUCGUUCGCAAUGGCAGUAACAUCUCCCCCUCCCGUGGAGAGCUCUAUAUCAGAUAAUCGGCAAGGCGUUCCGGAAAGCGAGUCGACGCCCGCAAUCGAGUCGUCCCUAGCCGCGCUGAAGCAGAGCGAAGCUCUCCAGCGACGAGCGUCGAAGCGAUUCUCGACAUAUACAAUGUCAAGGAUGGCUGGAUCUAAUAUGGGUUCUUCUCUCAGUGCUUCCAACCUUCGGCGAUCGGUCGCUGCAGGUGCUCUGUUGACGACCGCGGAUUUGGCAGCAUUGACAGAGGCGGACGAAACUACAGAAGAGGACUCCAUCUCCAAAUCAUCGAGAGACCUAGGUCGGACGCGGAGCAUUGAGCGGAAACGAAGGAUGGCUACGAUCGAGGAACCAGUCGAACCACCUGUGCCAGAGCUUCCAGGAACUGAGAAACCGACAGAGGAAGGGAAACUUACUGGGCAGAGUGUCAAUGCUACUUCAUCGCGCAUGGACCGACCAGAACCACCUAAAGAAAUGACGGUAUACUUCCAAGUCGGACGCCAGGUGAAGAAGGUUGUGAUGGAGCCCGUCACGUCGUUUGCCGCCCUGCGUGUUCUGUUCAUGAACAAGUUCAUGUACAACCCAGGAGGUGGAAACUUCCCGGAGAUUUACAUCCGAGAUCCAGCAAGUGGAGUGCAAUAUGAGCUGGAAGACGUUUCAGAGGUGAAGGAAAAGUGUUUGCUGUCGUUGAACAUUGAACCACUGGAUCAAAUCAAGCAGCAUAUCGACACUCAGAUCGCGAAUCUAUCCCAAGAGAUUAAAGACCUCAAGUCGACCGUUGCAGCCUCACGGAGAGUCCCCUUGACUUCUGGACCACCCACAUUUUCAAUGCUCGGGGACAACGCCGUAACUCCCACUCGUCCAAAUGAGACACAGUUUCAGAACAUGGCUCAACGGAUUGUCAAGGCCCAAACACAGUCACGCGCAGCGACCGCUCUCCCACCAUUGGUACCCCAGAUGACGGGAACCUCCGACGUGGGCAGUGUAACGUCUGGACGGAUAGUCAACGAUCUCAAGUCUCAGUUCGAUGAGGUGCAAAACAUUCGACGAGAUCUCGGAGUGAUGCGACAGAUCUAUGUCGACUUUACCAAUUCGACAAAGGAGUCGCUUGGUGCGCUUCGUACGCAAGCAGCGUCGAUUCGCCAAGUAGCGAAUACCAAGGUGGGCGGAGCUCGUGCGUCCAUCGACGCUGGCAAGGCGCGCCUAGACAAGCGGAGUCAAAACCUUCUGUCGGAUAUCAAUGAUCUUGAGGAUACGGUGGAGAGUUUGAAGGAUGAUGUCCUCAAAAGGCAGAUUAUGCCAAAGGUGGACACGACGAAGCGACUGCGGGCAACGAUUGACGCGACGACAAAGGAGCUCGAGGAUCUCAAAGCGCAUAUCACGACAGUACGACCUUCAUGGAAGAAGACAUGGGAGCAAGAGCUGCAGAAUAUCAUGGAGGAGCAGCAGUUCUUGGGACACCAAGAGAAGCUGAUCGAGGAUCUGAUCGAAGACAACAAGGCGCUGAGCGAGAUCUUUGGACAUGUGGAGAAGGUGAUCUCACUUCGUGGGACAGGAGCCGGACGAUCUCGAUCGUUCCGACCACCACCUCCUGAAGAAGGACAUGGGGGACUAAGCACUGUGAUGCUAGAGAUUCGGGGAGCACAAGUGGAUCCCCAGCGUCGACUCAAAGCUAUCGAGCAGAAUCAACUGGCUAGAAAGAAGGAACUCAUGUCUCGGUCGGACGAGUUUCAGCAAGAGCUGGCUGGGUUUGUAAAGGGGAAGAAACUGAAGAUGACAGGAGGGACGGAGGAGGCCGAACGAAAGCGAAAGGUCAAGGACGAGCUGGCGUUCAAAGCGAUGUUUUCGACUACAGGCUCGAUAUCGGGGAGUGGAACCGGAGGUGGAAGUGGGAGCAUUGGGAAUGGAAGGGAUUUAGGCGGGUUCGGAGGAGGACUACCUGGACUAGCACAAGCACCUGCGCUGUCAGAUUCAGGAAGCGACGACGAGGAUAUGUCACCUGUAGGAUCUCCUACGUGA